AUGGUUCAGCUCUUUUUGCAAGUGCCGACAGAAUGCGGUAGUGUUAAUACAGUUGCCGUCGAAGAGAGGAGAUCUCUUUGUCGCAAUGUUGAGUCCAUAAUCAAGUCAGUUACAAAAUCAGCAGGCAGGUAUGAAGCUCGGUUGUGGCUCUGCGCCACUGUCUCAUUGGUCCAUUCGCUCAGUCACCGUGGCCAGAGGGACCUGUUUCUUGAUCUCUUAGAGAUGAAGAAUUCCAGGCGUGAUGUCGCUGCUCGCCUGCUGCGGAUGAUUUUCGAUAAGAAACCCAAAAUGGUUGGGUCUAUUCUAGCAAGAAAAGGCCAUAUACUGGAGGAGUUCUUCCGAGGAAACCCAAAGAGGAUAAUGCAGUGGUUUGGCCACUUUGCUGUUACUGGGGAAUCCACACAUAAAAAGGGCGCUAAGGCACUUUCUCAGUUUGCAUUUGUAAAUCGUGACAUGUGCUGGGAAGAACUUGAGUGGAAAGGCAAGCAUGGGCAAUCUCCGGCUGUAGUUGCUACCAAGCCUCACUAUUUUCGUGAUCUUGAUGUUCUCCAGACAGUGGAGAAUUUCUUGGAGUAUGUCCCAGAUUUCUGGUCUUCUGAUGAGCUUGCUAAUUCUAUUAAAGAUGGUGAAAUAUUGCAAAUCGAUGCAGAAUAUUUUGUAGAUCAAUUUUUAUACUUGAUGUAUGAGGAGAAUUCCAAAGAUGCAUGGCAUGUGGUUGAAGAUUUUUUGAUGGACGAGCAGUUCUCCUCUCUUUGCCAGCAUCUUCUUAUCCAUCUGGAUGAGCAAAGGCUUCUUGAUUUCUUAAAAUCUUUAGGCAAGCUCAUCAAUCCUACUAAGCAGUGCAAGGAAUUGGCAUUUCCAUGUUGUUGGCUUGAGGUUCUUUUAUCAGGACAUUGUGAUUACAUAUCUCUUGAUGAUCUUAUCUUAUUGAACUGUGUCAUUGCCAAGGGUAGACAACUUUGGCGGCUCAUGAAAGAUGAAGAACAACAUGAAGAAUGGGGGCAAAUGGAAGAACUUUUAAAGGGCGUAAAUCAUUUGACUGAUGCUGAUCAUUUUGCAAUCAUGAAGGAACUUGUGGGGACAGAAUUACCUGAUGCACUUAAGUGGAUAGGCAUUCAGUCCUGGGUAAUUUUCUGUGAUUUGUCGAAAGAAUGCAAAUCAGGAGAUUCUUGUGAAUCUUUGUUCUCUCAUAACAAAAUAGAAUUUCGCAAGGCUGAUGAUUACUCAUUGGUUCAGAAUGAUGAGUUCUCAAUUUCACAUAUGCCUGAUACUGAUGAUGAGGAUCUCACUGGAAGCAGCCAUAAAAGGAGAAAGGGGAAUAGGAGGAGAAAGCGGCAUAGGUACGAGUCUGAUGAGGACAAGCUUGAUGAACUGCUUGAACUUGGAUCAUCUGAUGUAAAGAACGGUGUUGAGUCACAACGUAGAAGCUGGCGCCUUUCAACUGAUGGCUUCUCUGCUUCUUGGGACAUUGUAUGUACCUUCUUUCUUGCUUAA